UGUACGUACAUUUGUAUAUAUAAAAUAGCCUUCUUUAAAUCGUUUAUUGAAAAUGUAGCUUUAUGCUGAAUCAUAACAUCCUUCACUUUUAUUUGUGUACAUACAUACUCCUUUGUCACACUUUAGCCAAUGAUUGACAGAUGGAGUAAAAUGGAAGAUCGUGUAUUUGUUUAAGGUUAUACAAUACUAUUUUGUUGGUCGAUUUGUUUACGAUUGAAGCAAUUAUUUUUGUAAAAAAGCAAUAGUUGUGUUAGUAGAUAAGAAUUCAUAUGUAGAAUAUUGUUCAAUACGGCACAAAAUUUGUUGCCAAAAUGAGUAAGAUGUAUACAACCGCCAAUCUCUCUGACAAGGAAUUAAAGGAACAAGGAAAUCGUCUUUUCAAUCUUCACAAAUAUGAGGAUGCUGCGUACUGCUACACCAAAGCAAUUAUCAAAAAUCCAACCCAAGCGUUAUACUUUACGAACCGAGCUUUGUGUAACCUAAAAUUGAAACGAUGGGAAUCGUCCUGUCAAGACUGCAGACGUGCUCUUGACAUCGAUCCAUGUCUGGUAAAAGGUCAUUUUUUCUUGGGUCUUGCUCUUCUUGAAAUGGAACUUUUCGGCGAAGCUGUCAAACAUUUACAAAGAGCUGUGGAUUUGGCUAAGGAACAAAAGUUGAACUAUGGAGAUGAUAUGACCAGUAUUUUAAGACAAGCACGAAAACGUCUAUUUCAAUUGAGAGAAGAACAGAGGAUUGCUCAAGAUAUUGAACUGCAAUCAUAUUUAAACCAGUUAAUAGUAGAAGAUGCUGAAAGAAGCUUGGCUGCUUUAAAGGAACAAGAAACAGCAAAAGAAACAAAUGGUAAAAUUGAAGGGGAAGGUGUGUCUAAUGAAUUUGCAAGGAAAAAAGAGGAGAUAGAAGAAAAAAGAGAUACCUGUAUGGCUCAGCUUAAUGAUUUGUUUGCAAAAGUUGAUGAAAGAAGAAGGAAAAGAGAAGUACCUGAUUAUUUGUGUGGAAAGAUUAGUUUUGAAAUUUUACAAGAGCCUGUAAUUACACCAAGUGGAAUUACAUACGAACGAAAAGACAUUGAAGAACAUUUGCAAAGGGUGGGACACUUUGAUCCAGUUACUCGAGUUCGCUUAACACAAGAUCAGCUGAUUCCUAACUUAGCUAUGAAAGAAGUAGUAGAUACGUUUCUGCAAGAAAACGAAUGGGCAUUAUAUUAUUAAUAUGUACAUUUAGGUCACUGCCAUAUGAUAAAUAACUAUACAUACAAUGAUUAUUUUUUUGUCCUGUUGAUUUACACAAAUGUGCAUAUCAUUAUCUUACAGUGAAUAGAUCUUGCAUUUGUACAAACUUCAAUCUGAGUUUUCAUCUAUAGCUGAAUAUAUUUAGUUUAUUGUUAUUUGAACAAUUAUUAAGCCAUUGAACAGACAUAAUAACAAUGUUAUUAAUAAAACCACUUUCUUUUAUAAAUGUUUCUUAAAUUGUGAGUGAAUAUUAAUGUUAAAUAUUAAAAAUAGCACACAAUACUCUUAAGUGGGUUGUUAGCAAGUAUGAAUCGUACAAGAAUAUUAUAAUUGUAUAUCUUCUUUUUCCUAUAGAUGAUAAAUAAAUUUAUCUUAU